GCUGCGCUCACUCCCCAGCGGGGGCUCGGGGAGCCGCCGGACGGAGACGCCUAGGAGCGAUCCUGAUGUGAGCCGCACCGUAGCCUCCGCAUGGAGGGGCCGCCCCCGGUGUCCCCCGGGCUGGGGCCGCCGCAGGGAGGCGGAGCGGCCGCUGAUCCGGAGCUGGGAAGCCGGCAACACCCGGGACACGGGACGGCGGCGCGGCGGCACAGCGCCCGCCUGCUGCAGGCCGGCGGCGAGCCCGAGAGCAUGGCGGAUUACCUGAUCAGCGGCGGCACCGGCUACGUGCCCGAGGAUGGGCUCACCGCGCAGCAGCUCUUCGCCAGCGCCGACGGCCUCACCUACAAUGACUUCCUGAUUCUCCCAGGAUUCAUAGACUUCAUCGCUGAUGAGGUGGACCUGACCUCAGCUCUGACUCGGAAGAUCACGCUGAAGACGCCGCUCAUCUCCUCCCCAAUGGACACGGUGACGGAGGCUGACAUGGCCAUCGCUAUGGCUCUGAUGGGCGGAAUUGGUUUCAUUCACCACAACUGCACGCCAGAGUUCCAGGCCAAUGAGGUGCGGAAGGUGAAGAAAUUUGAACAGGGCUUCAUCACGGACCCUGUGGUGCUGAACCCCUCGCACACCGUGGGCGACGUGCUGGAGGCCAAGAUUCGGCAUGGCUUCUCUGGCAUCCCUAUCACGGAGACAGGCACCAUGGGCAGCAAGCUGGUGGGCAUUGUCACCUCCCGAGACAUCGAUUUCCUCGCCGAGAAGGACCACACCAUCUUCCUCAGCGAGGUGAUGACGCCGCGGAAUGAGCUAGUGGUGGCUCCAGCAGGUGUGACGUUGAAAGAGGCAAAUGAGAUCCUGCAGCGCAGCAAGAAAGGGAAGCUGCCCAUUGUCAAUGACCGUGACGAGCUAGUGGCCAUCAUUGCCCGCACCGACCUGAAGAAGAACCGGGACUACCCUCUAGCCUCCAAGGAUUCCCACAAGCAGCUGCUAUGCGGGGCAGCUGUGGGCACCCGCGAGGACGACAAAUACCGCUUGGACCUGCUCACCCAGGCGGGCGCCGACGUCAUAGUGCUGGACUCAUCCCAGGGGAACUCUGAGUAUCAGAUCUCCAUGGUGCACUAUAUCAAGAAGAAGUACCCCCACCUCCAGCUGAUUGGGGGGAAUGUGGUGACAGCAGCUCAGGCCAAGAAUCUGAUUGACGCUGGUGUGGACGGGCUGCGUGUGGGCAUGGGCUGUGGCUCCAUCUGCAUCACCCAAGAAGUGAUGGCCUGUGGCCGGCCUCAGGGCACGGCCGUGUACAAGGUGGCGGAGUAUGCCCGGCGCUUCGGGGUGCCAGUCAUAGCGGACGGUGGCAUCCAGACCGCGGGGCAGGUGGUCAAGGCCCUGGCCCUGGGCGCAUCCACCGUGAUGAUGGGCUCCCUGCUGGCCGCCACCACCGAGGCCCCUGGCGAGUACUUCUUCUCCGACGGGGUGAGGCUCAAGAAGUACCGGGGCAUGGGCUCCUUGGAUGCCAUGGAGAAGAGCAGCAGCAGCCAGAAACGAUACUUCAGCGAGGGGGACAAGGUGAAGAUCCCGCAGGGCGUAUCCGGCUCCAUCCAGGACAAAGGCUCCAUUCAGAAGUUCGUGCCCUACCUCAUAGCAGGGAUCCAGCAUGGCUGCCAGGAUAUCGGUGCCCGGAGCCUCUCUGCCCUGCGGUCCAUGAUGUACUCAGGAGAGCUCAAGUUUGAGAAGCGGACCAUGUCCGCUCAGAUCGAGGGUGGUGUCCACGGCCUGCACUCCUAUACCUUUCUGCCGUUUACGAGAAGCGGCUGUACUGAGGACGGUGGUGGAAGCAGUGGUGGAGGCCGAGGUGGCAGAGAGAGCACACCCCAGGGCUCCCCUCUAGGCACAGCCUCCCUCCACGACUGAGCGGUCCGCAGAUUUGCACUACGGGGCCCAGCUCCUUUCAAGGAAGACAGGAGGGGAGGCUCUGAGGGGCUGCGGGCCCUGGCUGGGCAUCCCCUGCAGAGUCAGGACUGCUGGGGCCCGGCUGCCCUAGGAGCCCCCCCCCCCCACAGGUUUCCCCUUCUCUAGCCCCUUCCUUUCCCCCCUGAGCCCACCAGCCUGGGCUCUCAGGCCUUGCGCCUGCCUCAGGUUUUCUCACUGCAGUCUCCUCCGGCCUGGCUCCCUUCCCUGGGGCAGGUGGCCCCUCCUGGCUUCUCCUGUAGGGUACCUUCCUCCCCACCCCCACCCCCACCCCGGAAAUGGUGCUCUCCUGGCCCUGCCUCUGGCUCCUUCCUGGGCUGCUGCCCUCUCAGCCGUGGGGUACUUCUGGGCUCCUAACCUAGGCCGGAGGGAGGUCUCUGCCCCCUUCCGCUGGCCCUAGGCCCCCUGCUCCUCAGGCCACUCCCUCUUCCCCUGCCCCAGGAGGAGGCAGCCCGUUGUUUCUGACUCACCACCACCCCCAGGUGGACCAAGCCUGCCCUCUCCUCGCAGCUGCAGUCGAAGGCUUUAACUUUGCACACUUUGCGUCACAGUUACGUUGUAUAUUAAAUAACCUGAAUAAAUCAAGAGAUGACAAUGU